AUGGGAACUAAAGUAGGCAACAAAUCAAUUGAUUUAGAUGUUGGAUUCUACGAUCCACUAUCAAUUUUUCAGGGUGGGUUUAGGACAGAUUUUGAGGAGCACAUCCGUAUUCCUUCAUUCUAUUGGAAAGAUAACUCAGAUAAUCUAAGAGUAUUAAAAAAUGUCAUGUUCAAUUUCAUUGAAGAGAUUCCACAUACAGAAUCUAAAGAUGUUAAAUUCCUGAAGUUUUUGUUUAUAACAUGCCAGACGGUUGAAGAUUAUAGGUCAAGAAUCCGGCCACUAAUACUACAGUGGCUAGGAAGCAUGAAAAAAGAACAGCCGAAAAUCCCAUACUUUAUCUUCUUUUUUGAGAACACAGAGUUGAGAACAGCUGCUGAUAAAUAUUUAAAAACCAAUAUUUUUCACAAACUAAAAAGUGAUUUUGACAACAGAGAAUUUACCCAGGAGAACAUUUUCAAAAUCAAAUCGAUUUAUUCGAAUAUCGACGAAAAGAAAGAAGUAUGGAAAAUAAUUAGUAGCUCUACUUCAUCACUUUUGGCAAAUUCCAUAAACAGACAACUAAAAUAUUUUGAAAAUAGUCCUUUGAAGUGUGCCUCAAUUUUUGAGCACUUGCACCAACAAGAAGAUGCCAUGGUGUUAUAUUCAGAACUAUUCAACGCGUUUCCUUCUAUCCCGAAAGCAGAAUUUCUUUCUGUCGGUGUGUCCGAGAUAUUGGAAAUGGUGGAUGUCAAUGGGGAUAAUGAUCCAAAAGAAACAUCAUCAAGCUUCCAUAAGAAGAUGUGCUAUUACAAAAGGCUAAAAAAUGUUUUGCAAACUGAACAACCAACAAAGAUGGGCUACCUCAAAAAAAUGAAGCUGCUUGCUGAAAGUUUGUUAUCAUUUCUAAACUCCUUAGAGAUAUGUUAUAAACGCAAUGAGAUUGCGUUUGCAAUGAUUGAAAUGUUUCUGAGCAGUUCAUACUUGAAGGAAACUCUACAGCUUCAUACCGAGAAUUCGGAAACAAUAAUUACUAGUAUUGGAAAGUUAUUGCAUUUACAAAGAAACGAACUCAUAGCUUUAGGUACCUCUCAAGGAUAUUCUUUAAGAGGAUCUUUAUCGAUUAUUGAUAUUCAAUUUGAAAACGAAGACUAUGUUGUUGAAAGUGAAGAAAUUCAGAAAAUAAUGAAAACCCAAAAGACGUUUUCCGACUAUGUCAUUGAGAAAACUCGUGAGCUAAUCGCUAACUAUAACGAUUACGGGGUCAAUCUAAAUACUAUUGCCACAUUAUCAACUGAACUAGCCCUUAUACUUUUCUAUUCGACAGAUGACUAUGAGACAUCUUGUAACCAAUUGUUGAAAUCGUUCGAUUAUUUUUUUAGCACAGGGUGGGAGUUCAUUGGAACUUCAUUAUUAGAAGUCUAUAUUGAAAAUUUAAAUAAGCUUGUUGAGCAAAGGGGUGAGUGUGUUGUUUCACAACUUUUAGCUAGUUAUAUCACUUUGGCAGAAAGGGAUCCUACAAAAAUUGAUGAUGGCAAGUUUAGGAAAUUAUGUGACGAGCUUGCUACCCUUGAAAGAAUGGAGACAAAUAAUAUUUUUACUGUUGAAUCGUUGUCAUCUGUCUAUUGUUCUGAGGUAGAUGUUUAUGAGAUUGAUUUGCUAAUGAAAUCUGAGUUAUGCAGUACUGUUGAUAAGAUAAAACUUGAAAUGGUUGAUGAUGUUGGUAACACUGUUGUUUUUACCUAUACCAAAAAAUUGCAUCUGAAAAGGAAGAAUCCGAUAACGCUGAGAUGUGCUGAUUUGGUAUUUGGUAGAUUUGAAGCGAAAAAAUUAUCUGUUUUCAGCAAUAAGCUUGUCUUAGUCCAAAAUGUUUGUGCUGCUGUUGGUAUCACUCCGAUUGAAACAUUUUAUUGUAUGAAGAAUGAAAGUUCCAAGGCCAACACAACUGCGAAAAUGGAAGUUUCAAAGACACGUUACCUUAAUAAGGAUCUGUUGGUUUUUGAAGUAAAGGUGGGAUCUAAUGAUGUAUCCGACAUUGAAAUGGUUUUUGUAAAAACAGAUCCAGAUAAACUUUCUAAAGAAGAAGAUUAUAGUAUGAAGUGUAUUCAAAAUGGCAUCACAUCCUGUGUGGAAUUUGAGGUAAUAGAAGAUACCAAAAAGUUACUAUUCAGGCCUAGCAAAUCUCAUAAAUGGCAAACAGAGGAUACACUUUGCGUCGAAAUUCCUUAUUAUUUUCCUCCGUACGUUGUAAAUACCAUGCUUGAACUUUCGUACGAGCUAAAAUUCAAGUCCCAUCCACCGGAAGGAGAAACUCUUCUCUGCUCAAGGAAACAUAAGUCGGUUGUUGAAAGUUUGUUGCCAAUUGCCGUAGCAGCGGAUGAGUUUUUUGGAACAUCUGAUGAACACAGUGGCCAAGAUUUUUUCUUGCUGUCACACUACACUGUAAAUGCUAUAUCUGUGGACAACCCAAUACGAAUUCAAGAUACAUCUUUAAUAUCUGAUAAUGAGUUGAUUACGGGGUGGAAGUCACCAAAGGAUACUGUUGCAUUUUUAGAGCAAGGUUCAACUUUUUUCUUUAAGAUAAAGGAUUUUAACGAUAAAUCAGUUUUGUUGAAAAUAAAAUAUAAUUGUAUUCUCGAAGAAAUUAUAGGAAUAAUGAAGUUGACAUUUUUGAAUUUUAUCACUAAAAUGGAGAUGGUAGGUCCUGUUGAUGUGUUUUGUUUUUCAAAUGCUGCUUCUAAAAUAUGGCCAUGUUUAAACUACAAAGUCAACUUUUUUGCUAUAACGAACAGGAUAAUAAUUACUAAUUUCCACGAAGCGAAACUCAAGGACUGUUAUAAUUUCAUUGACAAGAAGAAAAUAGGCACUUUCUCUGAAGCAGUUUUAGAUUUUAUUGAAUCAAUAAAAGACUUGGAAAUAGAUGAAAAAAUGAAAAAUGAUGUUUAUAGUAGCACCGCUUGUGAAUUACAUAUACCAGUAGAUUUGCCGCCACUGAAUAUGAUGAACACAGUAAAGUAUGAGUUUAAGAGAGAAUUGCAAUAUCUUGUUUGUGAACCAAUAAAUGUGAAAGUGGUGAUAGAUGUACACAUCGUAAAUCUGACCAAAAAUCAAAUUGAGGAAUUUGAUAAAACCGAGAAGAAGGUUAGAUUCUGUGGUAACGAAGAAUCUGUAAGUUAUGGCUUCCAUGGUAAUUCAGCUAGUCUAGAAAUGGCAUUUACAGGAAACGAUCAAAAAUGGGUCAUUUCUGGACUCAAGAACAUAGCGUUCUUUGUUGAUUUAAAAGAAGCAUCUGAAACAGGAUCACAUCAUGAAUUUGAUCUCACAUUUAUCCCCCUAAAACCCGGAAAAUUACAGUUACCAAAUAUUGAAAUAAAAAACAACAACCAGUAUCUCAAUAUGGAAGUUGCAUACAGGAACACGUCCGAGAGCGUGCUGAUAGUUUCAGAAUUAAACAAAAUCAUCCACUCGUUUUGA